AUGAUGUUUCCAAGAAGAAGCUUUCCCGAUGAUGAGACGUGUUUGUCAUCUCCUUCAAGCUACUUGAGAUAUCAACCUGUCGAAUACGAUCCUUCCAUCGACCCAACAAACAUGGAACAGUAUCAACCAAAGGUGUACAAGGUGGAAUCCGAAUACAGAAAGAUUGACGCUGAGGAGGAGACGAACGAGAAAACAGCCUUGGAAGUUGAGAAACAGCCUGAGUACCCUCCCGCAUACUCAGAUGUUUACGCUUUAAACGACACCAAGGAGUCUCAACAUGACACUGUGGCUCCUGCGCCAAAAUACGGUUCUUUCCAAAGGGUGCUCAGAUUGAUGGUGGUACUGUUUUUGUUGAUUACGCUUCUAGACUCUGUGCUCAGAGUAGCUUUUGACUGCGAGGCCGAAAUGUCGAACGAUGCCAUGGUCAACAAGGGUAACAUCGCGCUGGUUAGAUACCAAGAUGAACAGAUGCAAGAGAUUUACAUCGAGAUACUCCCGAUUGAAAUCGCGUUCGAGUCAGAGUCCUUGACAGUGGAUCAAAUUAACGACACGCCCAAACUGUUGCAAUAA